UGUGUCAUACAUACAAAUGACAUCCUCCUCGGUCUUGUUUUUCUUUUAAUUUAUUACAAAACAUUGGCAGAUUUUCAUGUUCAGUUGCCUCCGUCACGAAACUACAAAUUUGAUUAGACGGGAAACGUAGCCGACAUGGAGGAAUCCAUAGAACAGUAUAAAUCACAGCUGAAGCAAGUCGAGGAGGCCCUUCGCGUUGCUAAGGAUACUCAGGAAAUCGACUCGCUGCAAAGCUUGAAAUCGGAUUUAGAGGAACUUAUUGAUCUUACCAGGCAAACGAUAAGCCAGGAUACAGAUGAUUCCGAAUCCAACAGCAAUGCAGCCCUCAACUUUGGUAACUCAAGCUCCAACUCCUUCGACGACGAAAUGGCGCUUUUCAUGAAUGAGAUCCGUACGCUGGAAUCAACGGCGGAUUCAGCUUUGGCUCCAGAAUGUGACACUGACGAGAAGUUCGCUACGAAACUGCAGGCGAUCAAAGACGAGCUGCAAGCCAUGGUUGGUAAGAAAUGCUCAGCGCCCCACGAUCAUACGUGGGGAGCGCGGGCGUAUCAUAAUGCCAUCAUCUGCGGCUUGGACGAUUCCCGCGACUACGACAUCACGGAUAUCAAGGACUUUCGCCUUCGUAUACUCUUUACGAACCCAACGCAUAAAGAGAUGAUUCCGUGUGGUUAUUUCCUGGAUGGGAAUUGCAGGUUUGACGUGGAUCGGUGCCGAUUCUCGCACGGUGAACUGGUUCCCUUUGGGGAGUUGAGGGAGUACAAAGAGCCAGAAUUUGAUAAGCUCAGGAGAAAUUGCAUUGUCCUGGCGAAAAUGAAUGAUAAAAUGUGGCACAAGGGACGUGUGUUGUGCGCCAAUUUUGUGGAUAAAAGUUGCCGCGUGAGAUUGGAGAAUAAGAAAAAAGACGAAGAUUUCAAUUUCGAGGAUUUGUUUCCCAUUUUUCAUGAUGAUGAUGACUCGAGCAGUGGCUCUUCGGACACGGACGAAGACGAAGGGAACGGAAGCGACAUCACUGACCUGAGAGAUGCGUACCUAAUUGAGAAGACACUUCUGACGCCAGCAUUAGAUCAGGCUUUGGGGGAAUGGGAGAAGCAUACGAGGGGCAUUGGCUCAAAACUCAUGCAAAAAAUGGGCUACAUCGUUGGCAGUGGUCUUGGCUCCAAAGGUGAAGGCAUCAUUGUCCCGAUAAGCGCACAAAUCCUGCCACCGGGUCGUUCGCUAGAUCACUGCAUGGAACUGCGCGAAGCAGCCAACGGCGACAAAGAUCUAUUUUCCGUUGAACGCAAACUUGAAACCCAGAGAAAAAAACAAGAGGCUUUGAAUGCAAAGUCCUACCAGCGCGGAAAGAACAACACCGACAUCUUCGCAUUUCUCAACGAUAAUAUCUUCUCGCCGAAUACCGAACCGAAGACUGAGUCGAAGCCAAGCGAACGAAAUGUCUACAAAAAUCAUUCGGUCAAGAAUUUGAAUGUUGAGAGCCUGAAAAUUGGCGAAGAUAUUCGACGCAAGGAGAAGGAGAUCCAGAAGCUGAAGGAGGCAAUGCGAAGGCAUACAAGCGGGUCGGAUGUUUUCAACAAGAUGAAUGCUCAGUUGUCGCUGAAACAUCAGGAGCUGAACAGUCUGAGGAAGUCAGAGACAAGUGUUGCGCACGAGCAGCAACUGCGAAAGCAUAAGGAUAAGAUGACAGUAUUUUAAGGUGAUUAUGUUAAUAUUGAUAUGGUUUCUAAAUAAAAAUCUUUAUAAGC